AUGAAAGUCGAUGACUUCGGGAAAAAGUUGACCUCUGAGCAGGUUUUUUUUGUCAAUCCACUGUUCGGUUCAUUUUUUUUUUCAAGCAAAUCAUACAGCAAAUGUGGGCUGCUUCAACCUUGUCCACGGAUAUUGCUUUGAAGCUGCUACGCGAACAUUCCUGCAAUUUGGUUUCGCUUUCAAGUGAGUUCAUUUUAAUUGACAAGCUUUUAUUUUAUCGAAUUUUUUAGAUGAGCUAAUUAAAGCGGCCACCAUGACAGAACAAUUCGAAGAGCGGUUUACAGAUUUUAUAAUAAUUUUAGUGAAAACAGAGGUGAUAAGCUUUAUUUUCAAAUGAAUGUUGAGAAUUUUAGAAAAUUUCAUGGGCAACCGUUUUGAGAAGUGUUUGUCUUUUUCAAGACUAUCGAAAGUAUGAAUGUAUGAAUGGAGCCUGUCGUCUGGUAGAAUUCGCCUUGAUUAAUUUACAGUGAGUUAUUUUUCCUGGGAUAAACUUUCAAACUCAUUUUUAAGAUGUCCCUCGCUAGAAGACACAAAAUACGCUUCUGAUUUGUGUAGUGCGAUUGGAGACGUUUUCGCCUGGCUUUUAAAUGCCAUUUUGGUUUUUCUGGAACACUUUCAUUUUUAAGUUCAGAUUUCAGGAAAUCGGAGAAAUGCGAAAUUCAAAACACGACAUUCCCGACGCUUUGAAUCGCCCUUUUGCCGCCACUUUGAGGAUUUUAAAAGACUCAUUAACUUCACAGUUUUUGAGAAGAUAUAAAUAUCAUUCAGGUGGGAAAUUUACAAUAUCUUGGUCACGAAAAAUUGAAAAAAAAGUGUUUUUUUUUCAACUUGUACUUUCCCCAAGCCACUUGAAACGUCAAAAAAAAUUAAAAAUUCUAAAAAUGCUCAAAGCAGUUUUUACCAUUGAGCUUGAAAAUAAUCAUCACUUUCUUUCUCAGUGCAAAAAAGAUUCAAUAUUCAGAACUGGUGCAAUUAGUACGAACAACAGUCGAAGCUAUGGAUCGGUUUGAGGCGAGAAAUGACGAGGAUAUUCUGAAAAUUAUGCAGGCCACAUUGAAACGGCAUUUUGAAGCGUACGUUUCUUUUUGGGAAAUUACAGCCUGUCAUUGUAUUAUUUGCAGAAUUUGCAAGCCCAUCCAAGUUUUCGACCAAAAAAAUGAAUGCUGUGAUCGAUAUAAGCAGGUUUGAAUGGACUGAAAAACAGUUUGAGAGAUAUUUGUGGGAAAUAUUAGGUUGUUUACUAAGUUUCUUUCUUUUUUGAAGGAAAUUUUUUUAAAAAAGUUUUCAACCAGAAAAGCACUUCUCACAAUUUUGCUUCGUAUAGUAUUUACUACUACACAAUCUGAAGUUCAGAUUAAAAUUAACUGUACUCCUAUAACACUAUGCAGAAAAAAGAUACAGAACUUUGUCCGAACUCGAAAAAUCUCGAUUUUUGGAAAGUUUUGCGAAUUUAUUUUUUAUCUUACUUUUUCAAUCUUAUCAUUUGAACAAGUUACAUAAAACGUAAACUGAGGUGGUGUGCUUGCUCGUGAAAGUUUUCGUUUGCUUCCAAAAAAUUUGAGAAAUGAAUUAAUUAUUCAAAAGCCAGACCAUACAAAUGUAUGAUUGGCCAACAUUGUUGAAACAAUGCGCGUCCUGUUUUUGUUUGAUUUUCCCCGAAGUACAUUUGUAAUUAUUUAUCAGGUUCGAGGUUUUGAAAAAAAUUAUAGGCAUAAAAUUAGCAACCGGCAGCUACCGUGAAACUCGAGGAUUUAAUUUUACAGCCUUUUUUCAUCAAACAAUUUUUAUAGCACCAGGGCAGUGGUUUCUAUCCACUCUCAAAUUUUCUGUUCUUUGCUAUCUCUCAAGUUAAUAAAAAAAACAAGUACAACUAAGGUCACUGCAGCCCUGUGUCAAUGCAGAAGUGGUUCAGCUGAGUGUUUCCGGCCUAAAACUUUGAGAAACGGUAAUCAACUGAAAUGACAGCUUGAUGAACUUCUGGAGGCUCUCUGACGGCGUCAAACGUUUAGACCUUCUGAAGAAAACGUGACUGAUCCAGACCAUGUCUGUACUAAAUAACCACAAAAAAUCAAAAUCAAUCUCGAAGCCGUUCAUGAGAAAAGCUUCUAAAUGUUCAGCGACCAUGUCAUUGUCAUUGAUCACUGACCGAAACUUUUAAAGAAAAAAGAUUUUUAUUUUUUCUAAGAGGUGUUGAAAUCGAGUUAGUUGCCCUUUUUUGAGUAUAUCAUUGCUCGUUUUAAGUCAGAAACUCCAAAAUUAACAGUCACGUUAACAGAUAGCUGAGGAUGACGGGGGAGAAAUUGUUUGCUGUUUGAAUCCAAAAUUGAAAAGUUAUACACCAAGUAACUUUCAACCAAAAAAAGAAAGAAACUUAGUAAACGACCUAAUAGCUUGUAAUAUUCUUUGAACUAAAUACAUUAAUCACUUCAGAACGAUGAGAAGUAGUUUUCAUUGAGUGAAAUUUAAAGGGACGUGGAAAGCAACUAGAAAAUAGUCUUAAUGAAGCAUAUAUUCGGUAGAGUUCCGGGACGUGUAAUCACGAAUUUCAAUUGAUAUUCAAAAACUUGGAAACAUUUUUUCCAGACGAGAACUUGUGUGAGAACUCUGACGUCCGUCUUCGCUUGUUAUCGCAUUCUGAGCUCGGUUGAUGAGGUUUUUAUGCUUGGUUGGAGUUGUAAACUAAUUUCUCGUGGUUUCAGGUCGCCGAUGCUUUUCACGCUUUCGCCACAAUAAAUGGGAUGACUUUCGCCGAAGUAGUCUUCGAUAUGGUCCAUGCGACCUUGUUGAUUCAGGUUCCUUUUUUUCGAUCUCUUUCGAAUCAGAUUUAAUAAUGAUAAUUUAUCCAUACACGAGGUGCAAAGAAUAUAAUUAAAGUUGAGAACCGGCUUAACCCUUAAGAGUGACUUUACCGAAUAGCGUGUACAGUAAAGAAUCACAGUUAAUAAAUUACACGUUUAGGUGGUUUGAGAUUCACUCAUGAAGCUAUUUCAUAGAAGUCGCCUAGGAAUUUUGACCAACAAUUCUUUUUCAGGGGUGUUGUCUAGAAGGGAUUUGAAAAUUUCUGGAGUUUCUCAUUUCAAGUGUUGGGAAUUACACUACGUUUGUUUUGAUAUUUUGAAUUUUUUCGAACCUUCGAGUCUAAUACAUUGGAGAAGGUUGAAUAGAUGUUCCAAAGAAAAAAUAUUAAGUAGCAGAAUUUCCGAGAAAUUAUCGAAAAAAAACCUUCAAGGGAUCACUAGUAUACCGGUGCUUAGUUGAACUUGCUGGCCUUUCCUCUUGAUUGGGUUGAAAAAACCAACUCUAAUUUUACUGUAUUGUUCAAAGUAUUUUCAUCAUUUUGAGGCCACAUUGAAAAUUUUACUUUUCCUCCGAAUUUUUUCCCAUCGUGUCUCGAAGAAUUAUAACGAGAUGCUGUGAAUCGAAAAUGACACUAGAUUGAGAACACUUUUCUUCAAUUUUGAUAUCUGAAUUUUUGAGGCGGAAGAGCACGAAAAGCCUCAAAAAAGGAUGGAAGUGAGGGUUACAUUCCGAUGGCACGUCGCUGUUUUCUACUACCUGAAACUGUCGAAGAUCUGGAACAGCAUGGUCAAACGCUACAAACAUGCCGUCAAGGAAAUUUCCGUUGCUAUUGAGCGCGUUUUGAACACCUUGAGAAUGGUUGGAAUCGAAAAAAGAAAAUAAUCAAAAUACUUUGUUUUGUCUAGACGUUGGAUCUAGUCGACGCCGCUUGGAAAGACUGUUCCUUUAGAAGUUUGUUGAUGAACUUGGUCAAGGAGGGGCUGAUGGAGCAGAAAAUAGCCGACAAGUUCAUUGAGACGAGGUGAGCUGUUGUCAUUUUGAAAGAGAGUCUCGGAAUAGUUUUAGAUAAAUCUCAAUUCGUUUCUCGAUCUUUUACAGCUGUGUAUUUCAGAUCCCCAAGUUGAAUCCUAAAAAAGAAUGAUAGUGUUUGUUGUAAUGCGAAGCAAAUUGUAAAAUAUAACCCCUUUCUCUUCUUCCACUCAAAUUUUAUAUUCAGGAUUGAAAAUAAGUAGUUUUGUUUUUCGUUUUUCACAUGCUACUCGAUUCAGAAAGAAACCAAUUUUAGGCUGAAGCAGAUGCAGCAAAACGGGGAAGUGACGAUUUAUUCGCGGCGGGACCCGAAUCAGGCGCAAAAAAACGAUAUCAGCAUGUUGAACUCGGCGCUGGGAGCCGCCUUCUCCAUGACGUCAUCGAUGUCGUUUGUAGGUUUUUAUAAAUCGCUGAAGUAAUUACAUAUUAAAAAUUUAAAAAAAAAUUAAGGAUUCCGGAACGGAUAUAGAGGUGUUUUUUUCCGAACUUUUUAUUGGUUUUUUUACUAGAAUCUUUAAAAAAAUCAUUGCAAUUUUGUGGAGUGAACAAGUAAAAAAUUAAUAGUGGGUGUUUUGAGUGUGUUCACGGCACGGGAAAGUAAUUUUCAGAGUUUAUCUGAACCUUGAAAGAUUUUUGCGCUUCCAAGUAACCAGGCACCAGUUUUAGAAUCCGCUAGAAAUUGUUUACCAAUUUUUUUGUUGAAUAUUUGAAACUAACCGUGUUCAUGUUUGCUCAAUACUUGUUGUUUGAAAAGUUUUUGUCCGUUUUUCACGGCUUGAAAAGCCUAUUUACUGCAUUUCAUUGAGCGAUCAGCAAGAUGUGUAUCUCUCUGCUCCCUCAUCGGUAAGCUUAGAGAAACAUGAAAGUAGCCCGUCAAGAUGAGAGACGAAAGCCGCCCUUUCAAGUCGGGAAAACGGACUAUAAAUGGUUUUCGAAAAAUGGAGGUUCUCUUGUUCAGGAAAAGCUUUCGAUAAUCGUUCAACAGGGGAUGAUGGGAGCCAGUGGGUUCACUUUCGAAGCCAUUUGCGCCACUUGCUGUGUUGAGGGGAAUCUCGCCGAUUUCAGUAGUCGUCUGGCUCAGUUAGUUCGAUUCUCCGAACAAAUGACUGAAAUCGAACUGCAGACUCAACUUCAAAUGCCAAGCGUCGAGCACGAAGUUCACGGAUUCAACGAAAGCUUUCGAUAACACUUUUCUGCUUCUCACGAGGAUUUCUUUGAAUUUCCCAACUUUGGUGGGUCUCCCUCGGACUGUCAAACAUAUCUCCGAGUCAGAGAAAACAAUUAUAUCCAGUUGUACCGAAGCUCACUUCGAGGAAAUGGUCUUGAGAAGACCUUUUCAAAGUCGCUGUUAACUUUUCGAAAGAUUUUAGAUCACUGUCACUAAAAAGUCCCACUUACGUUUUUUUUUUUAAUUUUUCAUUUCAAGACCAUUUUCAUUAAACUUUUGAGUAGUUCGAUUUUUUUAAGUUUUCAGGAACGCGUUUUCUACGUAUUUGGUACAGAAUAUAUAAAAAUAUUAAUUUUCAUCAAGUUUUCCCCUCUAAAAACCUUUUCGUUUUCAGAACCUCAAACAAUUGGUGAAUGGUAGAACUGCUCCGAUAGCUAUUGAUGAACAGAGUAUUUUGUGAGUUCUCCACUUGUAUUUUCAGUUUCAAUUUGAUUCUUUUUCAGUUAUAAAUGGGCGUAUCGAUAUUUGAAACGAGUGAGGAAAUUAAGAAAAAAGCUUGAAAACACGGAAAAUUAUGAUGUAGCGGAAGCGUCGACGUCUCAGAAGGUGAAAAAUAACCUUUUUUUAAAAAAUAUCGUAUUCAAUUCACAAGUGUCCUAAGAGCCAAAGAAAAAUAAAACGAGGAAAACUCGAGGAAAACCAUCGGGCCGGAGCAAAUUUCUCUUCAAACUGUCGAAAAGUAACGAACUAUUUUAACAGAUAAACCAUUAAAAAAAAGGUUUUCUGAGUUCAAACUCAAUUAUGUACGGAUCCGGCCCGAUAGACACCUUGGUUCGUUUUUUUAAUAAAAAAAUUUCAAGAGACUUUAUGAACUCGCUUCAUGUUCGAACGAAAAAAACUGUCUAAUUUUUAAUUUCCUCUCACAGUUUAUCCAAAUUCCCAAGAACCGACAUUGUAAAAAGUCAAGGAAACUUUUAAAAAAACCAAUCCAAUUUUUUUCCUUGAUAGAUUAUUUUUUUCUUCAACUUCUCCUCAUUUUUUUCGAAAGAGCCAUUGAUAUAAAUUAAGAACCCAGUAAAAACCGAGCCAGUGACGGCGAUCGAUGAGAAACUGGCGGGUUCUUCGAUCGGCGGGAUUUGUCUCAGCCCAAUGAUGCGCUCCAAUACAAUCGAGCCCCAUGAGGACGAUGACGAAGUGAACUUUUGCUCGAAAAACAGCGAAAACAAAGUUUCUCGCAGAAUAUCCUGCCGAAAAUUCCGAGGGAAGAAGCGGCGGCCAUCCUUUUGAAGCUCAAAGAUCGACAACCGUUUUGGAGCGACAAGUGAGUUAAGUUUUGGGAAAAAUGUAGCAUGAAGAUUUUAGGCCAGAAAUACCGCAGUUGAUAUUUUCCAUACCAAUGAUUGGCGCGAUUUUGCUUGAAGAAUAUCAAAAUAAGCAUUUGGAUAAGCAGAGGGCGCUCACUGCGAUGAAGGUCUGUUUUUUCAUUUUUAUUGAUUUUCCAGAGUUUUAUUUCGGUAAAGAAAAAAAUCACUAAAACUGUUUGACAUACAAGCGUGACGAUGACAAUUGUUUUUUUUUCACAGUGAAAGGUGUUCUCCAAGGUAUCCAACGAGAUUCAAUCUUUACUUGAGGUUUUUUCAACCGAUAUUUUCUUGAUGAGCAUUUUUAGCCGAUUUUUAGAUUUUUAUCCGUCUUUCAGAACAUAAUAUAUGGCCUCCAGGAGCUGAGUUCGCUCUUUGUCUGCCUCAUUCAGUACUUGGAUUGUCAGGUUUUUUUUACUGUCAAAGCUUUUUUAAAGCAAUCGAGUUAUUCAGCAAGACUCGGUGGCUCGACGAGCACUUGGCGCCACGAUUCAUCAAGCGCUGGAUAAUAUUUUAGACGAGACGCACGACAAUGGAGAAGAAGCUUUAAAGUACAUUUUUUCGUUCUUACAUAGAAUCGAUCCCACAAAGUCGCUAUCUCCGCAAACGCUUCGUUUUGGAGAUAUGAUUUUUCGAAGUUUUUAUUCUUAAACACGUGACACCGUUUGAAAGGAAUCCGUAUCCGCGCCACCAGCCAUUGCAUGAUUUCUAGUAUCGUGGGGGAGGGGCUUGUGCGGUAGCCUGUGAAGUCUAUAAUGAAGAUUGCUAUCAUUUUUGCCAUUAUUUUAUGCGAGGGAUUCAGAUGAAAAUAUCAAAUUUCUCAUGAUGAGGAUGUUAUUGUGGGUUUUCGCUUCAAAGUAGCUAUGAUCCAAGAACUAAUACUUCCAUUGCAAAAUGAUUAUUUUUCGUUCAGGUGGCCAUUCAUUUUGUCGAUGCUGAAGCCGAUAAUUGUCGAAAUGAGCGAAAAGCCGCCAGUUUACCCGGACCUCGCCAUAACUUCCUUCACGAUUGCUCGACGAUUUUGUCCGCAUCUCCAUCGAGCUGAGGUUUUUCAAAGGGAAAUUGAAAUGUAUAAAAGAAAGGGAUUUGGCUGUUUCGAACAUUUCUAUUAUCAAUUGAGAGUCUCUCCAGUGGUCCCUAUAGAGGCAACCUUUAUUUCCUUGGAGGGUCCCCUCUAGAGGCCACUCUACCAACCCCCAUAGGGGUAUAAUUCCGACAUAAUGACUGUUGAAUAAAACUAGUUCUUGUUAAAUUACUAGGUUCCUGAUCUGGCGCACCUCAAAAAGGCCUGGAUCUACUCUCAACGACAAGCUUGGGCCAGUCCUCACGUCUUGCGGAUGUUAGAACAUUGCAAUUUGGCCGGCCAACACAAAGAUUGGAUCAGUGUUCGUUUCAAAUAUUUUUUGCCUCAGUAAGAUUUGAUUUUUAGCAUUAUCCAUUGUACUAUUAGUUUUUCUUACUUUUUUUCAACGGCCCUCUUGAGAGCCAAAAUAAAAAUAACAAUUUUUUGGAAAUCAUUUUUUCUGGCCGUCAGCAUAGUAAUUACGAAACAAAUCUAUCAUGAAAAAUGUCUUUCAGUAUAAUCUGAAAAUAGCCACGAAAAAGUUCGAAUUUCUAAACCGGUGAUCCUGAAAGUUUGCUCCGAACGUGCGCUACUUGGCACUUCAGGGUUGCAUUUUUCACAUUUUUUUUGGUGUGAAGUCGUUUCAGAAUCACAAAACCUGACCUGAGAAGGAAGCCAAAAUAGAGUUCAAAGCGUAGAAGUAUAUUCAAAAUAAGUAAGAUUAUUAAAAGAUUUUUCAUGAAAACAAAAAAAUGUGGAAAAAUCCAAUCAUCAAGUUCGGACUGAAGUCUCGGGAUGACGUGUUUGGAAAUUCUUUUAGGAAUACCAGUUUACAAAAAACUCAAAUUUUUGCUUUACAGUCAUUUUUUUCAAAAAUCGUUCAGUUUCAAUUUCAAGAGUUUUCAGUUUUUUGUGACGUACAUGAUGAAGCUGAAAUGCGGCGAGAUGAUGGUCAAAGCUGUUGAUAUGAUUUCGGCUUUUAUGAUGAUGGAUCAACUUGGAUCGCUUAUUCGCAUGCUUGAGGUUGAGUUUUCAGGAGUUCGAAAAAAGAAAAAUCAAAGAUUUCAUUCAGUUUAUGAUAUUCAUAUUAGUGGAUGUUUAGUCAUAGAAAAAAAAAAUUAUUUACAUUUUUAUUUGAAGCUCAAUCUAGGUGGAAACUUUUUUUUUUGCCAUUUAUCAAGAUUUAUUCUUUUUUUUAAAGUUCUUUCUAAGUUCGUUUCUGAAGAUGGACCAAGUUCCAGAUGAUGGUCGACUACAUGUUCGAAGAUGGAUCUCUGUGCGAUAUUCGAUUUGAGCAGCCUUUUGUGGCCCCGCUAAUUCGACUUUUAACUCAAGUUUUUUGAAACUGUUGAGAUUUUUCAGAAAAUGACUAGUUCAGGUGCUUUUUGUCGCUGUUUGGACCUUGGAAUGCGAAAAAAAGAAGCUUGAAUCGAAUGAACCGAAGUCGAAAAGAGCCAAACUUCAGCUGGAACUUUCCGAGGGAGAACAAGGUACUUUGGAGCAAAAGUUGGAGAUGUCAAGGGUUCUGCAAAUUUAAGACACUCCUGAAGCGUUAGUUCACUUGCUGGACGAGUCGAUCAACGUGGCGAUGAACAAAUUUUUGAAAAAAUUGAAAGAAGGUACGAGGGUUCUGAAUUGAAUAUCAUAGAGAAAAUGGUCCUGGGCUUUACUAAAAAUUUUCCCAUGGGUUCUACACAAACUAAUUUCUUGCAAUAGGAAUAAAAGCAGUUCCAUAAUAUUUAUAAAAGUUUGGCGCUUUUGACGAAAAUCUUAAUAAGAACUGAGAAAUCUUUCUUUUGUCAAUGAGUACCGUUUAAUAAUCGUUUCUGGAUCCCAGGUGUUCUUUCCUCAGUGGUUUGUGCGAUAUUCCACCUGAUGAGGUCAAUUGCGGCUUCGCCCAACUCAGAGCCCAAGCGACUGCUUCUCCAGAGGAUCCCGCCCAAGCUGGUAAUCAUUUUUCGAAAAAAUAUAUAUAUUAUAGUUGAUCCACCGAAAGUUCGCCAAAAUCUAUGGAAUCGUGUUUAUAUAGAAACCGUUAUGUGAAGAAAUCGUGUGAAAAUUAAGAAACGUCUAAAUUUCACGUAUUUCGUAGAAUUGAAGUUUCCGAGCAAGGGAAAAAUGGAAUAAAUGUCUAUUUUUCUUGAGCUGAGUUCAAUUUUCGUAUUUUGUCUCUCGUCUUUCUUUCUUUUUGUUAUCAAACCAGGUUCUCGAGUCGAAGAAAUUUCGGAUUCUAAGUGAUCCUUUGAGUUCUUUUCGCUUUUUAUUCUUGUUUAAUUGCGCUCAAAAUAAAAGUCAACUUUUCGAGAACAUUCCAGAUCUUCGAGCUGGCCUACAUUGAAGCGUUCUCGGUGCCCAUCGAAAUGUUCGAAACUUUUUGCCAGGCCGGAAACCCUGAACACGAUGCUGAACGAUUACGGUAUUUGUGCGUCUUGAAACGACGCGGCAUACUGUAG